GGGAAAUCCUUUGAUUGCGUAUUAUAGAUCCAUGUCUUUCUUGUUCCACUAGCUAGGACAAAAUUUGCACAUGUCCGUUCCGUUAUUACAACCUUCUUUUUUGAUGUCAAAGACCAGAAGCUACGCGCAAAUUCUCAUUGGGUCUUGGUUGUUCUUAACAGCGAUGGCUAUUCAUUUAAGUCUUGGGGUAGCACCACUAGAUCUUCAACAAGGUGGAAAUUCUCGUAUUCUCUAUGUACAUGUUCCUGCGGCUCGGAUGAGUAUUAUUGUUUAUAUCGCCACGGCUAUAAACACUUUCUUGUUCCUAUUAACAAAACAUCCCCUUUAUCUUCGCUCUUCCGGAACCGGUAUAGAAAUGGGUGCUUUUUUUACGUUGUUUACCUUAGUUACUGGGGGGUUUCGGGGAAGACCAAUGUGGGGGACCUUUUGGGUGUGGGAUGCUCGUUUGACCUCUGUAUUCAUCUCGUUUCUUAUUUACCUGGGUGCACUGCGUUUUCAAAAGCUUCCUGUCGAACCGGCUUCUAUUUCAAUUCGUGCUGGACCGAUCGAUAUACCAAUAAUAAAGUCUUCAGUCAACUGGUGGAAUACAUCGCAUCAACCUGGGAGCAUUAGCCGAUCUGGUUUGACAAGUCAGGGGUUCCUCCAAAGGCGUUCCUCGGGCGAAAUUCUCUUUCCUCUCAGGCCACCAGGAGCUUCUAACGAACCAGGUCCGAUGGUUGGCGUCCAGUGUGACGAACACCGGAUUUCUCCUUGA